UCCUAUUUAGCUGUGCAGACAGUACCAGACUUUCGCCGUUCCUGCUCUUGCGCUCCUCCUCGCACCGCUACCUACGAUCUUAUAUAAAUAUCUGCCGCUCCCACUUCUCUUUCAAGUUUUCAUCACUUGAACAGACAAUCAUCCCUAGCUCAUCUCUCAAUCACUCACUCGGCCCUUGUGUUCAUCUCUCAGAUAAUUUACAGACGCCGAUCAGGGCUCUUUCUUCUUCUUCAAUCUCCUGUCCCUCCCCUCAUUCAAAGCAAGAUGGUCACCACAAUCCAGCUCAACGAUCUCAUGGCUGAGUCAAUCAAGUACCACUGGAGUACCAAUGUGUUUGAAGUGUGCCCUGAUUGUGUUCGUGGCCAUGAACAACGCUUCUGCAACGGCAAGACGAUGGUCUCAUUCAAGAUUUGCGACAAACAUCAUUCCACCAGUCAUAGCAGCGACGGCAGACCCACUUAUGAUGAGGCUGCGCUACAAGAACUUCGACGCGUGAUCCAUCUCAUUCAUUCCCCUGUCUUGAGCAGUAAGGCGGAGCGUGAGGCUGCGGUCAUUGCCACCCAGAUCAUCUCUCCUAAGCCGCAAAAUGCAUGGGCACCCAAGGCAGAGAAGGCGUUUCCUAGAAUCGCCUACGAACACAUGUCUGGCUGCGCCCGGUCUCCUGAUCCAGACACCAUUGUCAUCUCCCCUACUGCGAUUGAGCUCAUGGACAAGGCUGCUGAGGACCGCUUCAACGAAAUCCGUCAGCAGAUGAUUGUUGACCCUCUGCGCUAUGACAACGAUGUCCUAGACCUGGAACAAGUCCGUCUUUCCAACUGUGUAAAUGCGUCUCCAACCACCAAGCAGACCUACACAUUGCGCUGCAAUGGCGAAUACCGCAACGACUUGGACGACGUUUUGAUCAUCGACCCAGAAGCAACCAAUGGAGUUGCGCCUUCAGUCCAUGGGUAUGCAGUGUUGGACAUGGACGGUGUGAACGACGAGCGCAGAGCAACCUUCGACACGAAUGGCCUCCCUCUUCCUAUCCCUGUGUCCUUCACAUACCGCAGUCUCAAGUUUGUCAUUGGAAUGGCUGAGCAGGGCAAGACAACGGAGCAGGCUUUGAUCAUGAACUGCUGGUUGAGGAUCCGAUGUGCAAAGAGAGCAGAGGCGGAAAGACAACGACGGCUAGGGUUGGAUGAUCAAGAAGACGAGGAUGAAGAAUAAGAGACUGAGGAGUAGUGCUGAGGAUAGCCAACACGUUGGAACAAUGAGCAUAGGGGAUUGAAUAUGCAGAC